AUGUCCUUACCAUUCACUGAGAAAUACCGGCCGAAAACACUCGAUGAAAUCCGUGGAAAUGACGAGGUUAUUGAAUGUCUCAAAUCUUUUAACACUGAGGACCUCCCAAAUAUGCUGUUUUAUGGACCACCAGGAACUGGAAAGACCACGGCAAUCAAGGCAUUGACCAGAGAACUUGCUCAUCAGAACAUUCUAGAACUGAAUGCUAGCGACCAUAGGGGAAUUGAUACAGUUAGGACCCAGAUAAAAGAAUUUGCAGGUAUUAAGCUACUAGGCCCUAAGAUUAUUGUUCUUGAUGAGGCUGACAGUAUGAGCAGAGAUGCCCAAGCAGCAAUCAGAAGGAUAAUUGAAACUAGUAAAAAUACGAGAUUUUGUUUUAUAUGUAACUAUUACAAAAAGAUUAUUGAGCCCAUAGUGAGCAGAUGCACAAAAUUCAGGUUUUCGCCAGUGAAUGGAAGCUCAAGAAUAAAGGAGGUUUGUCUGAAAGAGGACAUCCCCUUCGAUGACGAGGGAAUAGAAAUACUAAAUCAGUUUAGUGAUGGUGACAUGAGGAAGGUGAUGAACGACAUUCAGGGUAUUAAGGGAUCAUAUGGAGCUUUGAGCAUAGAAAACGUGCUUGAGUUUUUUGGAAUGAAAAGCGACGAAGUAUUCGUUGAUAUUUUUGAUUCUUUAACAAAAGAUGAUUUUAAAAGAUGUAAAGAAAAGAUAGAAAAGCAUGAUGUUGACAGUACGAAUUUAGUUACUAAAAUAUCAAAGCUGCUGGUAAAUUCAAGUUUGAACAAAAAAAUGGAAAUAUUAAAGCUACUUGGCGAAGUUGAACAAAGGCUUACUGUUGGAUGUAGUGAAAAAAUACAGACAAAUGCGAUUAUUGCAGCAUUUAUACUCAACAGACAGGGCUUAUAA